CCUCCCGGGGGCCGCGCGCUCUCGCCGGCCCGCCCCAGACCGCCCCGGACAGCCCCGGACCGCCCCGCGCUGGGAUUUUGCGGCGGCCUCCGGCGGGCCAGCCGAGCCGAACCGGUCUCUUCCUCGGAAAGGCAGGGCCGACGGGCCCACGGGGCAGCCAUGGAGGCGACGCGGAGGCGGCAGCACCCGGGAGCGGCGGGCGGCCCGGGCGCGCAGCUGGGCGCCUCCUUCUUGCAGGCCAGGCAUGGCUCUGUCAGCGCUGAUGAGGCUGCCCGCACGGCUCCCUUCCAUCUUGACCUCUGGUUCUACUUCACACUGCAGAACUGGGUUCUGGACUUUGGGCGUCCCAUUGCCAUGCUGGUAUUCCCUCUCGAAUGGUUUCCACUCAACAAGCCCAGUGUUGGGGACUAUUUCCACAUGGCCUACAACGUCAUCACACCCUUUCUCUUGCUCAAGCUCAUCGAGCGGUCCCCCCGCACCCUGCCACGCUCCAUCACCUACGUGAGCAUCAUCAUCUUCAUCAUGGGUGCCAGCAUCCACCUGGUGGGUGACUCUGUCAACCACCGCCUGCUCUUCAGUGGCUACCAGCACCACCUGUCUGUCCGUGAGAACCCCAUCAUCAAGAAUCUCAAGCCGGAGACGCUGAUCGACUCCUUUGAGCUGCUCUACUAUUAUGAUGAGUACCUGGGUCACUGCAUGUGGUACAUCCCCUUCUUCCUCAUCCUCUUCAUGUACUUCAGCGGCUGCUUUACUGCCUCUAAAGCUGAGAGCUUGAUGCCAGGGCCUGCCCUGCUCCUGGUGGCGCCCAGUGGCCUGUACUACUGGUACCUGGUCACCGAGGGCCAGAUCUUCAUCCUCUUCAUCUUCACCUUCUUCGCUAUGCUGGCCCUCGUCCUGCACCAGAAGCGCAAGCGCCUCUUCCUGGACAGCAACGGCCUCUUCCUCUUCUCCUCCUUCUCACUGACCCUCUUGCUUGUGGCGCUCUGGGUCGCCUGGCUGUGGAAUGACCCUGUUCUCAGGAAGAAGUACCCGGGUGUCAUCUACGUCCCUGAGCCCUGGGCUUUCUACACCCUUCAUGUCAGCAGUCGGCACUGAGUCCCUGGCACCAGGCUCUGGUGCGCUGCCGCGUGGGAGGUGGGCCAUAGAGGGCAUCUGAAUACAGGAGUAGGGGAGGUGCGGGUGUGUAACCAGAGACCGAGAGCAUGAGUGGGGUGUGCCUCGUGUGCGUGGAUUCGUGUGUGUGUGCGUAGAUUCGUGUGUGUAUGUGUCUUUGUGUGUGUGUGUCGUGUGUGUGUGUCUUGUAUAUGUGUGCGCAGAGUGCAUCAUUUUCAGACUCUACUAUUUCCGUCAAGUUUCUGUUUGAUUUGGAUCAUCUCAGGAUUGGAUUCUGUUUUAGAGAGUUUCUGGGCCAAGAUCCGGGCCCCUGCCCCUCCUCUGUACCUGACCACACUCCCUACUCAGGGCUGGUCUGUUCUUCCCGAACAUCUUCUGGUAGCCGUGCAGGAGAGGGUUGGGUGGGGCAGAGGCCAGGAGGGGACCUGGUGUGUCGCCUGCCCACCAGCUGGCUCAUCCCUCAGGCCCACCCUGACCGUACAUUACAUAGGUUACGUCAGCCUCCUGUGGCUGUUGAGCAAAGCAUUUCUCCUUUCUGGGCCUCAUUUGCACUAGAUGGGCCUGUGGUCCCAAAGUAGGUCAGUAGGUUGGGGUUGCUGACACCCCUUGGGGGCAGCUUUGGGACAGAUGAGUGGCUCUGUCCUGUCACUGCCCUCUCCUUGCCUGGGGGCUAUGUGCACUCCAGACCCCGCCCAGGCUCAGGUCCAUGAGGUGUGGAGCCAGCCUGGCCCCCAGGAGCUGGAGGCACUGCCCACUCCCCUGGCAUUCCAGCUCUCCAGGCGACCCUCCUCCACCCAAAGCUGUGUCCCCCUGCUCCCACUCCAGAAGAACUGUGGCACGCGCUUCGGGCAGCCUAGCCACAGGCUUUGAGCGCCUGCAUUCCUGGGGGCUGGGGGGUGGGGUGCCAAAGGCCCUGAGCAAAAGUCAGAGCUCCUCUCAGCAAAAGCCUUUACAAGGUGCUGGGCCCAGAGGCUUUGCCUUGACAGAGUGGCCCAGGGUUUCGAGGGAGGAGGAACCUCCCCCUACCUAGGACCCUUCCCAUGGGGGGUCUACAGAGUCAGGGACAGAAGGGAAGGGACCCAUAGGAAGUCACGGUGGUGCCCGGGGAUGUGUCAGCUCCCAGCCACGGGGACGCGGGAUUCAAGAAUGAAGUAAAUACAGUCACAGCCCCAA